CCUGCGUUUCUGUCUCCUCAUCCGUUUAUUUGCCCCACUCUCCCCCUGUGCUCUGGGCUGUCUCCUCUAGGUCUGUCUCAUUAUGAAGAAUAAGUCUCGCCUGAAGUCUGUCUGUCUGUGUGUGAAAUAUCGUUAUCAGGAUGACGACUCUCCGCCCCUUGAGCACAGUCCCGCCCACCUGGCCAAUCCCAUGAAAGCUCCGGAGCUUGUUCAUGUGUCCGAAAAAAACCUCUCCCAGAUCGAGAGUGUGCACGGAUACGUCUCCCACUCACAUAUCUCCCCCAUGAAGGAUCUACAUCCCCGGUGGGACUGCCUUCAAACUAUACCCCCCACCUCCCAGGAAAGCCCCUUCCUGCAGGCCAGUUCCCCCCCUGUGAUUGUAAAUACAGACACACUGGAAGCACCGGCAUAUGUGAACGGAACAGAAGCGGAAAUGGAGUAUGAAGAGAUCACAUUAGAGAGAGGCAAUUCAGGUUUAGGAUUCAGCAUUGCUGGGGGCACAGAUAAUCCCCAUGUGGGGGACGACCCCAGUAUCUUCAUCACCAAGAUCAUUCCAGGGGGCGCUGCUGCGCAGGAUGGGCGUCUCAGGGUGAAUGACAGCAUACUGUUUGUGAAUGACGUGGAUGUGCGCGAGGUUACUCACAGUACCGCGGUGGAGGCUCUGAAGGACGCCGGAUCCAUCGUGCGUCUGUACGUGAUGCGCAGGAAACCAGCGUCUGAGAAAAUCAUCGAGAUCAAACUGAUCAAGGGACCCAAAGGCCUGGGCUUCAGCAUCGCGGGGGGAGUGGGCAAUCAGCACAUCCCGGGGGACAACAGUAUUUACGUCACCAAGAUCAUCGAGGGGGGGGCGGCACACAAGGACCUGCGCCUGCAGAUCGGAGACAAGAUCCUUGCGGUCAAUAACGUGGGGCUGGAGGAUGUGAUGCACGAGGACGCGGUGGCCGCUCUGAAAAACACCUCCGAUAUUGUGUAUCUCAAGGUGGCCAAACCGACCAACGUCUACCUGAACGACUCCUACGCACCCCCCGACAUCACCACCUCCUACUCCCAGCAGUUGGACAGUGACCUGUGCCACCCCAGUUACCUGGGCCCUGAUUAUGGCACCGAUAAUGCCGCCCACGUCCCCCGGCGGUACUCAUCCAAGGAGCUGCCUGGGGAAGAGGAGGUUUUCCAGGUGAGGACUCGCAGAAUUGUGAUACAUCGCGGCUCUACCGGCCUGGGGUUUAAUAUCGUUGGGGGGGAAGACGGAGAAGGGAUCUUUAUUUCAUUUAUUCUGGCCGGGGGCCCCGCCGACCUGAGUGGCGCCCUGAGAAAGGGAGACCAGAUCAUGUCUGUAAGUAACAAAACCUCUAGUGCCCCCGCCUCCCCCCAGUACUGCCCCUCCACGUCACAGAGCCAGAACCGACCCGACUGCAAUUGGGCUCCGGUAUCACAGGACGGCCAUGUUUUGUCCCCAGAGUACAGCAGGUUUGAAGCCAAAAUUCACGAUCUACGGGAGCAGCUGAUGAACAGCAGUCUGGGCUCUGGGAGCGCCUCCCUGCACAACGCCAAUGGGGCAAAGAGGGGCUUCUACAUCAGGGCACUUUUUGACUACGACAAGACCCGGGACUGCGGCUUCCUGAGCCAGGCUCUCAGCUUCAAGUUCGGGGACAUCCUCCACGUCAUCGACGCGACAGAUGAAGAGUGGUGGCAAGCCCGUCGCGUUCUGCCCGAGGGCGAGGAGAUUGGAUUCAUCCCUAGCAAAAGGAGGGUUGAGAGGAGAGAAUGGUCUCGACUGAAGGUAAAGGACCGAAGCUCAGGAGGGUCUCAGAGUCGAGAGGAGACCGUGCUGAGCUACGAGGUUGUUGUCCACAUGGAAGUGCAUUACGCUCGCCCCAUUAUUAUCCUGGGUCCAGGGAAGGACAGGGUUAACGAUGAUCUUCUCUCUGAAUUCCCUGAUAAGUUUGGUUCCUGUGUCCCACACACGACUCGCCCCAAGAGAGAUUACGAAGUGGACGGGCGAGAUUAUCACUUUGUAUCUUCUCGGGAGAAAAUGGAAAAGGACAUUCAGAGCCACAAGUUCAUCGAGGCGGGGCAGUACAACGGGCACCUGUAUGGCACCAGCGUGCAGAGCGUCCGGGAGGUGGCAGAGCAGGGGAAGCAUUGCAUUCUGGACGUAUCGGCAAACGCAGUGAGGCGCCUGCAGGCCGCGCAGCUUCAGCCCAUCGCCAUUUUUAUACGGCCCAAAUCUCUGGAGAAUAUCCUGUAAGUACCCCCGGCUGAGGGACUGGGGGGGCCCGGGGCGGGAAGUACAGUGGAACAGUCUGAUCUCAGGCAGUCGGGGAUUGGGCAGCCCAGAUGGGGCAGUAACCAUAGAAACAGAGCCCAGUAGGGGGGUGUGGGAGGGACACAAGGCCCCCCUGUACCCCAGGUUUAUCCCAGACUCUCAUUGUUCUCCCUGCUCAGGGGACCCUACAUUUUGUCUCUCUGGGUCUGUGAGUCCAACUGUCUCAUUGGCUCAGAGUAUUGUGCUCUCAUUCCUCCCAUUGCUUUCCAU